AUGGGGUUUAUUGGAUAUAAUAAAAAGUUUAUGUUUGCUGCAGUAGGUGCACCUGGCUCAACUCAUGAUUCAAGGCUUUUAAAGAAUUGUGAAGUAUACUCAGAAAUUGAACAUGGCAAAGUGCUGCCAAAAAAAUCACUGAACCUACAACCCUGUGGAGAAAUACCACUUACAACUGUUGGUGAUUCAGCCUUUCCAUCCCACUCGUGGUUGCUUAAGCCAUAUAAAGAAGGAAUGCGAGAACCCCAAAAAAGGUACUUCAACAGGAGGCUUUAUUCUGCCCGAGUUGUGUCCGAGCAUGCAUAUGGAAUGCUUAAAGGUAGAUGGCGAAUCUUGUACAAGAAGACAGAAUGUCAUUUGGAUAAUAUUCAAAUAUUAAUCAUGACUUGCAUUUUGCUACAUAACAUUUGCAUUGACAGAAAUGAUCCAUGUAAGCCCAGAUGGCUUUGA